AUGGCUGCCAAAGAUGUGCCACAACUCUCUGACAGUCAGCCAGCUGCCCGAAAGAGGGUGGGCAACUCUGUCAGGACUGCGCUCUCGAAGGCCGCGAAGGCCCCGUUGCUGAAGCGCCUCCAGGACCAUGCUGCGGGCAAAAGCGGGUUGUGUCUGGCAGACUCCUAUUCGAACAACAGGACGAAGGUCCAGUGGGAGUGCGCGCAUGGCCACAGAUGGCAUGCCACUCCGGCCAGUGUUUUGAUCCAGAAGAGCUGGUGCCCGCAGUGCGCUGUUGAAAGGCGAAGGGGCUCUCUGGAGCGAUUGCAGGACCACGCGAGGGAGCGAGGCGGAAAGCUCCUGUCCACGAAGUACACCAACAGCAAAACCAAGUAUCGCUGGCAGUGCAAGUUGGGACACACCUGGGAAGCCAUCGCCUACAACGUUUUGAACCAUGGCACCUGGUGCCCUGAAUGCGCGCGAAAGCAGAAAGUGCCCACCAGGCGAAGCUUGGAGGACUUGCACGAGCAUGCAGCUUCGUGUGGAGGCCGCUGCCUAGCCACUGAAUAUUGCGGUAUGAAGAAGAAGGUGCAGUGGGAGUGCAAGAAGGGUCACAGGUGGCUUGCAGCUCCACGAAGCGUGCUGAAUGGCAACACCUGGUGUCCUGUCUGUGCGCAGCGUGCUCCCAUCGGGUUGGCGCGGCUGACGAAGCAUGCGGCGCAGCGAGGCGGGGAGUGCCUGGCGACGAAAUAUGUGAACAGCUACAGCAAGGUGCCGUGGCAGUGCAAGCGCAAACACGUCUGGGAGGCAACACCUCUUCAUGUACUGAACCAUGGUCAGUGGUGCCCACACUGCAGGAAGAUUGGGCUUCAACGCGUCCAGGCUCACGCCGCAUCGCUGGGUGGGAGGUGCCUGUCGAAGUCGUACAAGAACUGCUAUACCAAGCUUCUCUGGGAGUGCCUGGAGGGACACCGAUGGAAGGCGAUGGCUUGCAACGUGAUCAACGGGAAGACCUGGUGCCCAACUUGCGCAACCAGCAUUUGGAGAACAGAGGCGGGGAUCCGCGACAUCCUCGAGACCAUCUUUUUCCCCUCCAAAUUUGGGUCCUGCUAUCCGCAGUUUCUGGAGGGUCUGCAGCUGGAUGGCUACUGCCGUGAGUUGUCGCUGGCAUUUGAGUACCAGGGUGAGCAGCACUAUGAUUCGGAGAAUUAUUUCCACUUCGGGGAAAUCUCCAGCUUUGAGGCACAGCAGGAGCGAGAUAUCAAGAAGCGGGAGCUGUGCAAAGCAGCAGGGGUGCGGCUGGUGCUCAUCCCGUAUUUUGCAAAUGACAAGCGGACCUUUGUGGUGACCGCCCUGUUGCAGUGGUUCUGCAUUGAGGACAUCACGGCUGACAAAGGUCCAGUGGGAGUGCGAACAUGGCCACCGAUGCCUGCCACUCCGAUCAAUGUUUUGCUCAACAAGAGCUGGUGCCCGCUGUGCGCUGUUGAAAGGCGAAUGGGCACUCUGGAGAAAUUGCGGGACCACGCGAGGAAGCGAGGCGGCAAGCUCCUGUCCACAAAGUACAGUAACAACAGAAGCAAGUACCACUGGCAGUGCAGGUUGGGACACGCCUGGGAGGCCACUGCCGGCAACGUUCUGAACUCUGGCACCUGGUGCCCUGAAUGCGCGCGAAAGCAGAAAGUGCGGACGAGGCGAAGCUUGCAGGACUUGCAAGAGCAUGCAGCUUCCCGCGGAGGCCGCUGCCAAGCCGUUGAAUACCGCCGUAUGAGGAAGAAGGUGCAGUGGGAGUGCAAGGAGGGCCACAGGUGGCUUGCAACUCCGAACGCAGUGCUGAACAAGAACAGCUGGUGUCCUGUAUGUGCGCAGCGUGCUCCCAUCGGCUUGGAGCGGCUGAGGAAGCAUGCGGCGCAGCGAGGCGGAGAGUGCCUCGCAACUGAGUAUGUGAACGCACACAGUAAGGUGGCGUGGAAGUGCAAGCACGGACACGUUUGGCAGGCAACAGCGGCGAGCGUGCUGAACUUAGGUCAGUGGUGCCCGCACUGCAGGAAGAUUGGGCUUCCGCGCCUCCAGGCACACGCUGCCUCGCUGGGUGGGAGGUGCCUGGCGAAGUCGUACAAGAACUGCUUUGUCAAGCUUCUCUGGGAGUGCCGGGAGGGACACCGAUGGAAGGCGACGGCUCACAGCGUGAUGAACGGCAAGACCUGGUGCCCAACUUGCGCAACCAGCAUUUGGAGGACAGAGGAGCAGAUCCGCGACAUCCUCGAGACCAUCUUCUUCCCCUCUAAGUUUGACUCGGACUAUCCAAAGUUUCUGGAGGGCUUGCAGCUGGAUGGCUACUGCCGUGAGCUGUCGCUGGCAUUUGAGUACCAGGGUGAGCAGCACUAUGACCCAGAAAGAGCGCGGCUGGUGCUGAUUCCAUAUUUUGCAAAUGACAAGUGGACCUUCGUGAUGACCAUGCUGUUGCAGUGGUUCUCCAUUGAGGCGUUGGGUUGCGUGGUCGUGUGGAGCCCAGCUAUUGUGCCGUUCCCUGGGCCAGAACUUCGAAGUGCACCGGCCCGCCUGGUGUUUGACGACCCCGACGCGGAAGCCAAAGAGGCAGUGCAGAUUCCGCAGAGAAAGCGGAUUCAGAUGCUUUCCCAGGCCAUGGGUCACAGCUACGAGGAGGUCCACAAGGCCGAGAGGCUUCGCACCAAGACAGUGGAGGAGGAUGCGGCUUUGGCUGCAAAAGCGGGGGUUGACAACAGCCCAAGAGACAAAACGAACCUGGGCUCGGCAAAACAGGCCUCUCCGCAGACGAAGGGUCUGCUCGUCAAGGCGCGAAGCGUGUUUGAGAGGGCGGACGAGGAGCGUGUUGGGCCCCUCGAAGAAGAGCUCCUGCCUCCUGAGGAUCCCUCUCCACCAGAGAUGCCCAGCAACCCACCUGCGGAGGAGGUGGCCGAAGAGCCCCCCGUGGCCGCAGCGGUGGAGGAGAUUCAGGAGCUCCCAGAGAAGGAAGUGGCGGAAGAGGCUCCCGAGUCUCCAGCAAGCGAUGGAAAAGCAGAGGACGCGAGUCAACUGGUUGCACUCCGCGAGACGGGCGUCGCCGCUGGCUUGGACUCGAUGUUCAUAAGAUUUGCAAGCUCGUCUGAGUGCAUAGGCGUGGUGGCGUGUGUUGUUGCGGCGGGCCCUUUCUCUCGGGAUGCGCGACUUGAGUGGUCUUUCAGCCUUUCAGAAGCGCAAUGCUUGCUGCUGCGGAACGAGGAAGUCUUCUACAUUGGCGAUGGUGAUCAGGUGGAGGCCGAGGAUGCUUUCCUGGCUCCGCUGCCUGCUGCCGACCAGGAGGCAUGGGAAAAGGGAGGAAAGGCAUGCCUCCAAGAAGUUCACCGCACAACUUUGAAAGUGGGCGAGGCCAGGCCAAGGUGCCAUCCUCAGUGGGAGGCACCUCCGCCAGACGAACCAACGGCCGGCCCUGGGCUGCCUGUUCAGGAGGCUUCCCCGCAUGGCCGUGUUCCAGAAGCCGAUGCUGUAGAGGAGGAGCCUGAGCCUGCUGAAGAUCCAGAGAUGGAGGCUCCGGAGUCCCCGCCUCCCUCCGCAGAGGCUCCGCGCGCAGAGGAUCUCGCUCUGCCGGAGCUGCCCAGUCUCCAGCCAGCGAAGGAUGCCGCCGCCGAGGAGGCAUGGGGAGCGGUGGCCCCGUUGCCAAAGGCGGAGAGGAUCCUGUGGGCGGAUGCGCGAGAAUCUCCGAAGGUCAAUGGCUCGGCUUCUCCCUUGGAGGUCGGCACACCGCCGCGGGAAGAGACGAACCCUGCGGAGGCCCGGCCAAGACCAGGAGGCUAUCCAGAGGUCCUGAGGGCGCCAGUCCGUCUUACAGCAGAUGCUGGAACCACCGGAGGGAUGGAUCGUAGACCAGGAACCUUGUCCCAGGCUCGUCUUUGCCUGGUGCUGGCUUCAUAUGGAAUGGCAAGCAGGCAUGGUAUGAAGCGGGGCGGCCGCGUUGGCUUCCAUAAGGGGAUGGGAGCAGGAAAGCUGAGAGGAACAUCUUCAACUGAGCAGAGCUCGCGCCGGACUCGCAUGACCAAAGAUGAGCUUCUAAGGCGCCUUCGAGACCACGCUGUGAGCAAAGGCGGGUCAUGCCUGGCAGACUCUUAUCUGAACAACAGGACUAAGGUCCAGUGGGAGUGCGAGCAUGGCCACCGAUGGCAUGCCACUCCAGCCAGUAUUUUGGAUCAGAAGUCCUGGUGCCCGCAGUGCGCUGUUGAAAGGCGAAUGAGCUCUCUGGAGCGAUUGCAGGACCACGCGAGGGAGCGAGGCGGCAAGCUCCUGUCCACUAAGUACACUAACAGCAGGGCCAAGUACCGCUGGCAGUGCAAGCUGGGACAUACCUGGGAAGCUGCUGCCUACAGCAUUCUGAACUGUGGCACCUGGUGCCCUGAAUGCGCCCGAAAGCAGAGAGUGCCCACCACGCGAAGCUUGCAGGACCUGCAGGAGCAUGCAGCUUCCCGCGGAGGCCGCUGCCUAGCCACUGAAUAUUACGGUGUGAGGAGGAAGGUGCCCUGGGAGUGCAGGAAGGGCCACAGGUGGCUUGCAACUCCAGACAAUGUGCUGAAUGGCAACAGAUGGUGCCCUGUCUGUGCGCAGCGUGCUCCCAUCCGUUUGGAGCGGCUGAGGAAGCAUGCGGUGCAGCGAGGCGGGGAGUGUCUUGCGACGGAGUAUGUGAACGCGCACAGAAAGGUGGCGUGGAAGUGCAAGCACGGACACGUCUGGCAGGCAAUAGCCAACAGCGUGAUGCGCCUGGGUACGUGGUGCCCGCACUGCAGGAAGAUUGGGCUUGCGCGCCUCCAGGCCCACGCCGCAUCGCUGGGUGGGAGGUGCCUGUCGAAGUCGUACAAGAACAGUUCUGUCAAAAUUCUCUGGGAGUGCCAGGAGGGACACCGAUGGAAGGCAACGGCUGCUAGCGUGAUGAACAGCAAGACCUGGUGCCCAACUUGCGCAACCAGCAUUUGGAGGACAGAGGCGGAGAUCCGCGACAUCCUCCAGACCAUCUUCUGCCCUUCUAAGUUCGAGUCCUGCUAUCCGAAGUUUCUGCAGGGCCUGCAGCUGGAUGGCUACUGCGGUGAGCUGUCGCUGGCAUUCGAGUACCAGGGUGAGCAGCACUAUCAUCCAGAAAAUUAUUUCCAUUUCGGUGACAUCUCCAGCUUCGAGGCGCAGCAGGAGCGAGAUAUCAGAAAGCAGGAGCUGUGCCAGGCAGCCGGUGUGCGGCUGGUGCUCGUUCCAUAUUUUGCAAAUGACAAGCGAACCUUCGUAGUGACCGCCCUGUUGCAGUGGUUCUCCAUUGAGGAGAUUGCUCCUAUCGUGCUGCCCCUGCACAGAACUUGUCGUGAAGAAUCAGGUUGA